CAGAAAAUUUGUUUUCCAUUUUGAAAGCUUCGAUGUUAAUUGGCGUUCGGCUGUAUUCUCAAAUUUCUGGGUUUUCGCCAUACGGGGACAGCAAAAUCAGAUUUCCUCUUAAAUCCGCCAGUUAUCAUAACAUUUCCAUGUGCAUUAGAUGUUGAUGGAUUUUCAGUUUCACUGAGUUCAUUACCUACAUCCUGAAUGUUUUCUCCUUCCAAUGAGUAUUGUAAUUCAACAUGACCAGCGAUUUCAUUUAAAAAAUCAUCAUUGUUGUCAUUCAGAUUUAUCCGGUCAUCGUCCAGAUCUUCUUCAUCUGUCAUACACUCCACAUGAGGUGAUGGAAUGUAUAUGACGUCGACAUCUGUUGCAUUCAAUACAACUUGAUCCUCCCCGUCAUCUGAAGAUGGCUCAUUUAAAAUGGCCAUGAUUUCACUAAUUUUUAUUGCUUUACAAAUCGGCAUUAUCUUCACCAAUUGAUUUUAUUGUACUACGCAAGUUCGAAAUCUUUCUCUUUGCAAUAACAAAAACAAACCGAAUCAAUUCGGGGAACUCCCUUUUUAAAUUUUACGUUACGAUAGUCAGAGGGAGACAAAUAUAUGAGACAAAAAGGUUACAUGCGGACAGAUGAUGCCAGACUUAAAACGAUAAAAGUAUAAAAUUCAAAAAACUAAAGCAAGGGCCAUUAAAUAUUUGAUAUUUUGAAGAUAUAUACUUGCCUUUUACUCAAUAAUAACAAAAAUCAUGCUUGAACAAAUUUUGUCCUACUUGACGAUUUCUGGCCAGUGGUCGAUUUUUUGACCACCAAAGAGUAGGGGAAGGUGGGGAAUGUUGGGCAGGGAAUCCCGGGCCAGCGCGAUAUUUUUUUCCCUAGUAUAGGUUGACAGCUGCAACCAACUGUCAUCGGCUCGUCUCAUACUAAGCUCAGUUUCUAUAUAGCACUCGAGCUGUGAACACGUGUUAUAACCUCUCUGCGACAACAAAAAGAAAUUCGACACUCCGUUCGACACUCAGUUUUUUUCAACUUUGUGCAUAGUUUUUUACAUUUGACAUGCUAACUUCAUAUAUUUGACGUGUAUAAGUGAUUUUUCGUGCAGAAUUUCAACAACACAAUAGUUUUUCAACAUUUCCUGAUAGUUUCGUGCUCCGAAAAAUUUUUUUUAGUCAUUAUGCCGCGGUACUAUCCCAAACAAGAGAAAAUUGUUGAUUUCGACAACAUUUUGGAGGCGAUCAAGUCGGUGAAAAUACAUCACAACAGCGUUCGACAAUCUGCGACGGCACACAAAAUUCCGAGGACCAACCUGAUGCGUUAUAUUGCAGCAUUUGAUGCGAGCAUCGACGUUACUACUGCCAAUGCCGAUGUAAUGAAGAAUUUGCUUGCUGAAAGCACGACGAUGGGCACAGAAACAAACUUCAACAUCGAACAAGAGAAGGCGCUGAUAAGCUACAUUCUCCAGGCCAGCGACAUCAACUAUGGAAUUAGUUUAAUGGAGCUUCGUAAGCUCGCGUAUGAAUUUGCUCGGAAAGUUGGCGCGUCGUAUCCGGAUCCAUGGAACGACAAUCAACGUCGAGUUCUUGCCUCAGGUGAUGCCAUUGUGACUGCUGCGAAUGAGGAGGUGGCAACGUCGGAGGCAUCGACAAGUGCCCCAGCUUCAACAAGUGGUGCUGCAUCAUCGUCGUUUUCUUUUGUUUCGGCUCCACAGCUCGGUGAUGCAUUGAAAUCGGUUGGCCCGUUGAAAUUGGGCACACCUGCGCCGAAAUCAAAACGUGGCCGCAAGACAAUAGAGUCAACGACUUUGACAUCGCCUGAGGUUGUCGCAGAUCUGCGUGACAAGGCCGAAAAAAGGCGGCAAAAAUUGACGAAGGCAGCCGAUGAACCAGCAGCCAAGAAGCAAAAAGGCCGUGGCAAAUCGAAGACGCCACGGAAGAGAAGCCCGUCUCCGACCGAAACCGACAUCGAAGAGGACUUCGAUUUUUGCACGAUUUGCAAGAAAAAGAUGCCGAAGCACGAGAAUCGUCAAAACACGGCCCAUUGCAUCGUUUGUGAUCGAGGGGUUCACUUGAAAUGUGCCGGACCGAACCCGAACACUUACACCUGUAUCCACUGCGAGUCGGAAUAAUUUUUUUCGCCAAUUCCUAUUUUUCUUAUUAUUUAUGAAUCUCUCUUUCAUUUCCAUUGAUAAAUAAACGUUUUUCAUCGGUAACAAUCAUGUUUUAAUCGAUUUACAGACUGGUCCGACAUUCCCCACCUUUUUUCAAAAUCGCAAAAUCAGGUUUUUUGCGCCAAUGGCUAUAACUUUUAAAUUUUUGUAGAAUUGUAUCAAACCAAUGUUGUCAAAAGGAAGGUUGCGACUCGCACUACAAAUCCAUGCUUUGGAAUUUUCACAAAAAAUAACUUUUAUGUGACUUUUUAACCGACAUCAAAACGUGGCCCAACAU